GACAGCAAAACAACCUGUAAAAUAUUUGAUGGUUACGAACUGUGCAAGACGACGAUUAAAACAGCGCUUUCUUUCGAUGUAUCCCUGCAUAUGUGAACGCGAGUAUCUGCGCACCGCAGAAGGGAAGUCGUAUUGCAUCACGUGCGCAUCCUUUCAAAGCCAUGCAGCCGGGGUUAGAGUUCAGUAAAUACUGAUGAUGUCAUCGUCUGAAGAUGGCUGAAGGUAGCCCGUUGCUAAACGUCCUGUGUGUUUCCAGAGAAGGCUGGUGGGGAGGCUGGCUUCAACAGAGCUUCCAGGCCGUCAAAGAUAAGAUUAUUAAGGUGAAUCUGGAUUUUGAUGAUUGCUGUUUGACUCUUCUGCAGUCAACUGAGGCCUUAGAAUUCAUAAAGCGAGACCUGACCGAGUUCUCCACUGUGGUGCAACAUGACACAACCUGCUCAAUUGUGGCAACGGCCACGGCUGUCAGGAAUAAACUUGCGGUGGAAGGUUCCUCUGACACCUCAGAAAAGGUGAAGAAGAGCCUCUCUAGUUUCCUAGGGGUGAUAACGGACACGCUUGCGCCACCCCCCGAUAAAACCAUUGACUGUGAUGUAAUCACAUUGGUGGCAACGCCAACAGGAACUACAGAAAUCUUCGACCGUUCUAAGGCUCGUCUCUACAGUCUGCAGGCGGACCCUGCUACAUACUGCAAUGAGCCUGAUGGUCCUCCAGAGCAGUUUGACAACUGGCUGUCCAGAUUCAGUUUGGAAGACAAGAAAGGAGAACUCUCAGAGCUGUUGGUCAACAGUCCCUCUAUACGGGCCCUUUACACCAAAAUGGUGCCAGCGGCUGUAGCGCAUUCGGAAUUCUGGCAGAGGUAUUUCUACAGACUCUUCCAGUUGGAACAGGAUGAGGCGAGGAGAUUGGCAUUGAAGCAGAGGGCAGAACAGACUGCACACACAGAGACCCUUGGCUGGGAGGAGGAGGAGGAAGAUGACUUCCUCGGCGCUACGUCAUCAUCUCGUCUCAACUUGACGCCUCCCUUGGACGACACCGCGACCAGGCUCCCCGCCAACCCAGCCGCUCUCGUGGGAACGACUCUGUUGAGCCCCGUCCUGUCUCCCGCCGAAGAGCCAGACGCCACCCUCUCAGUCAGCAGCGACAGCAUCAGCCCGCCGACGCAGGUGUCGGUGCGGCGGGAGCCCGUUGCCACGGCGCUGGCCGAGAAACUCACAGAAGCCAGCUUGGAGGAUGCUGCGGAUAAGAUGCGAGCAGAGCAGAGGGCCGGGAGGAGGGACUCGCUUCUUAAGGCGCAAGGGAAAGCUGUAACCCAGCCAGAGGUCACGGUUGAUGGGGCGUCAGUGCGGGCUUCUGCCCUCACUUUUAAACCAGAAGCAGCGAAAGAGGAGGGGCCGCAGGACCUGAGAGUGUUCGAGCUCAACUCCGACAGUGGGAAGUCCACGCCCUCUAACAAUGGCAAGAAAGGGUCCAGCACAGAUGUCAGUGAGGACUGGGAGAAAGACUUUGACCUGGACAUGACAGAAGAAGAAGUCCAAAUGGCACUCUCUAAAAUAGAAGCAUCUGGAGAGAUGGACGAAGACUGGGAGAACUGGGAAUGAGAGCCACUGCAACACAAACUCUGUUCCGCCAUUGAAGCUAGUUCUCGGCAGACGAACCAUGCUUACCGUGUUUUAACUCCUUGUCCACACUGUCACCAUGUCAUGAUUGUCAGUAGGGGAUUUUCUGGCGGUUUUGACCAUAUUGGUGAACCUGUAGAAAAGAGCAACUGGAAGACCAAGGCAAUAAGAAUUACACUGCUCUGUCAGUUUGGUGCAGGAAGGCCUCCAGCGAGGGUGAUGGAUCGUGGCUAUUUGUUGGGGUAACGUCUGACAUACGACACUAGUCACUACACAGUGACUAGUCCGAAUGUGAAAGGUAUCACUACAGCAGGGGAGGAGCCGGUUCCCCUUUUUUCUUUAUGCCAUUAGAUGCAUCACGUAUGUCGCGAGUGCAUUGCAAGUUGGGCAAUGGCUUUAACGGCCGGCUGCAAAAUAGCCAUAAACUAUAACGCUGCUUGUCAUCUUACUGAGAUGAAAUACUUCCCACAGGAUUUUUUGUUUAGUUUUUUGAAUGAAGAUCAAUUGAUUUAGUUCUACCUGUGGCCCCAGAUAUUUCUCAUCUUUUAUCAUGCAAGUGAAUCUUCAAACUAAGAACAAAAUAUAUAUAUUCACAUUCACAUUCACAGAGGACUUUUUAUUUUGGAUUCACUCAACUCUAGAUAUAUGGCCUUGUAAAACACACUAGAGUGUGAUUAAUGUUAUCCAAAUGAUUUUUGUUACAAGUCAGUUGCACAACCAGCUAACACAUCAUCGUUAGGGCUUCCCCCCUUCUCUUUGUCAUUUCCUGUGAUUCAUUUGAAUAUAAGAGCUCGGUGUAGGCUCUAACUCUCUUGUCACCUUUGAACGAGGCGUUUGUCUUAUUCUGUUUCGGGGGAUUCAUUAGUUCUGCCGCGAUGCCGGAUUCUUUGGUUUGAAACGAGGGCAACAUGUUAUUGACUUGUGUCGGGAGAAAGACAGCAAAAUCGCAGAAGUUUAAAAGUUUCUCUGUCGGCAGCGUGUUUAAAGACGAAGUGGCUCAGCAGGCAGUGUGCCAAGUGGACCGAGGAGCAACGAGAGCACGUGCCACGCUUCUCUGAUUUUAAUUUUGUUUCCCUCUCCGUCAUCUGUAAUGUAAAGCGAGAUGAAAUAAUUCUAGAGAUGUACUAUUUAUACUAAAAUAAACGCUUAAUUAUUGUAUAAUGUGCUUUGGAUCGCAUGUCUGUGCAAUACCAUGCGGAACAUUGUGCGGAUGGUUGAGUUGUAUGUUUUCUGGUAAAGGCAUUGGCUCGUUUUCCAGGUUUUUGUGUUCUGACAAUGUGUUGCAUGUCUAUAAUUCUCGGCUGUGUAUUCCCUUCUGAUUCACACGUUGAACCGAUCGAAGGUGUUCUGCACUCAUCUGUUUUCAAAUGUGCUGUCAAGCUCUUUCUUUUUUCUUUUCUUUCUUUUUAUGUUUGAGUAUUUCACUAUAUAUUGGUUUCUUUUGUCAAAUAAUCAUUGUCAUUAAAGGAUUCAUGGCU